AACAAAUGAGUAAACAAAGAAAAAGAAAAUAAAGGACAGGGAUGAACAUGUUGUAUACCUCAAGUUUUGUAAUAUGAAACGCACAGCUUCAGGCACCAUCGAAGCUUCACAUGCAGAUGGCGCUGACCUUCAACGCAUGCACGUGUCUUGCUUUGUCAUCCCUUAACGCUCAAAUUCGCCCUCUUCGACUUUUACACACAAAACCCUGGACUUGGUCCAAAAGUCUCUCAUCCCUCUCAACUUUCAUGCUUAAUUUGCUUAUUCUUCUUUCCCUUUCACUCCUCCCUGUUCUUUGGUGGACUCAUUUGUUAAUAGUAUUUUCUGUACCGGUCCAAUAUAUUUAUAUAUUCCAGUUCUUCUGCAACGUAUACAGAGACAUUUUCCUUUAUAUUCUCCAACAAAGAUCCAUUAAGUGAUCCUCCAUCGUUUCCGUUUCUAUAUAUCUCUGGUUCACCGAGCAGCUAGCUAGCCAUGGAUUUUGCAGACAUGAAACGAAGGGGCAAUGUUCCAGGCAGAUUUUUGGCAGCUGCAGUCCUCAUUACUGUUUGCAUUUUCGUGUACAAGCAGUCACUUAACUCCAGCAAUGAACGCAACCUGUUCUCUUAUCACGAAGCAGGAGUAACACAUGUAUUGGUUACUGGAGGUGCUGGCUACAUAGGCUCUCAUGCUGCACUUAGGCUGCUGAAGGAUUCAUACCGUGUAACCAUAGUGGAUAAUCUUUCUCGAGGAAAUAUUGGUGCUGUUAGGAUUCUUCAGCAGUUAUUUCCAGAACCUGGGAGGCUUCAGUUUAUUAAAGCUGACCUGGGAGAUGCAAAAGCUGUCAAUAAAAUCUUCUCAGAAAAUGCAUUUGAUGCUGUUAUGCAUUUUGCAGCUGUUGCUUAUGUUGGUGAAAGUACACUUGAACCUCUUAGGUAUUAUCAUAAUAUCACAUCAAAUACUCUAUUGGUUUUGGAGGCAAUGGCAGCACACAAUGUAAAGACAUUGAUCUAUUCUAGUACUUGUGCCACAUACGGCGAACCCAAGACUAUGCCGAUUACAGAAGAAACUAAGCAAGUUCCAAUCAAUCCAUAUGGAAAAGCCAAGAAGAUGGCAGAAGAUAUCAUACUGGAUUUCUCCAAAAACUCAAACAUGGCAGUCAUGAUCUUACGAUAUUUUAAUGUUAUAGGAUCAGAUCCUGAGGGAAGAUUAGGAGAGGCUCCUCGUCCUGAGCUACGUGAGCAAGGCCGAAUAUCUGGAGCUUGUUUUGAUGCAGCUCGAGGAAUUAUUUCUGGACUGAAGGUCAGAGGAAUAGAUUAUGCGACACCUGAUGGCACUUGCGUGAGGGACUAUAUUGAUGUCACUGACCUGGUUGAUGCUCAUGUAAAAGCUCUUGCCAACGCACAGCCAAGUAAAGUUGGCAUCUACAAUGUGGGAACUGGAAAAGGUAGUUCAGUGAAGGAGUUUGUGGAAGCAUGUAAGAAGGCGACAGGGGCAGAUAUCAAGGUCGAAUAUCUAGGUCGAAGGCCAGGGGAUUAUGCUAAAGUUUAUAGUGAUCCUUCCAAGAUAAGGGAAGAGUUAAACUGGAUGGCUCAGCACACAAAUCUUCAACAGAGCCUACAGACAGCAUGGAGAUGGCAAAAAAAACAUUUCAACGGUUAUGGUUCUUUAAAUAUUAUGGCUUGAGAAAAUGUCAAAGAUAUUGAAGUGGAAAGAAAUAUGUUUAGUGAUGGUGCUCCAUUGAGUUGAACAUGCACAUCUUUUACUUGGAUUGGCCUGUAGAAGUCCAAUGGGGGCAACUAGAAAAUAUCUCUCUUUGUUCAUAUCUAACAAGAUUAGGCCUGUGUGCAUUUCUAUUUCUGUACUUUGUUCAUGCCCAAAAAAGAAAUCAAAAGGGUCGUCUAGAUGAUUAAAACAGAGAAAAUUUUGAUACUCUA